UGAGCUGCCUUGCCCUCGGGUAUUCCGUAAUCGACGUCGUCUCUGCACCCACACGUCAACCGUUUACUUCGUCCUCGGUCGGCAGUGUUCCCUCGCUACCACUAAAAUAGCAAAUCAAACAGCGCGUGGCAACGUGCUCGAAUAUUUUCUUCUUCUCCGCUUCCUUCUCUCACCUAGUCUUGGAUCUGUUCGAGCCUCCUUUGAUCCGCUAUCAAUUGAUCGAUUGAUCGAUAGGUCGAUCUCUUACAUUCAAGCAUCGGAAUUGCGGUUGAGUCAUGGGUGUUUGAUAUAUCUCGCAAACGGAGUUUUGAGCACUCAACCGAUUUCCGCUCUCCGACUGGAUCUCAUCAAUCGUUUGUGAUUUCAUGGAUUGGAAUCUCUAGGCGACGACUCUUGGAUUUCUUGAUCGGGUGCGGAAUCGGCUUUUCCAGCGGCUGCUGUAAGGAAAUUUUAUCAUCUCUGAAUUGGCUUGGCGAAGCGAUGGUGGAUUGCCGAAGCCUGAUCGAGUUUUGCCGGGCUUUUGAGCGGCACCAGCAGACGGCAAACUUACAGUCUUCCCUGGAGAAUCGGAAUUACCAAGCUCAUGCUCGGAUUAAAAGGUUCAAAUCAUUCAACCCCCUUUCACAUCCUUUCUGCGAGCAGUCCCCUCAAGCCGCCAUCGACGUCUUCAUGCUGAUUCUUGUUCUCGGCUCGAUCGGCGUUUUAACGGUGCCCUGUUUCAAACUAAUCUACGAUGAAGCUUUUGAGAUGUUACCUGUCGCGGUUGAUCUUAUGGGUGAGGUCGUCUGUCCUACAUACGUAGCCUACGCCACCGGGAUUAUCCUGAUGUUAGUCACGGGCUUUGCGCUUUAUGAGAUCAUCAAUCAACAAUUUAGGAAAUGCGGGAAUCCAAAUUGUAGAGGACUCCGAAAAGCCGUAGAGUUUGAUAUCCAGCUUGAAUCUGAAGAGUGUGUGAGGUUUAUGCCGCCCUUGCCGAAGGAUGCAUUUGGUGCUCAACCACUGGAGCUGGGGCAGGAUCACAAGGAGUUGGAAGCUGAGUUAAAGAAGAUGGCACCACCGAAUGGUCGUACUGUUCUCAUAUUUCGCUCACCCUGUGGAUGCCCAGCAGGCAGAAUGGAAGUUUGGGGGCAAAAGAAAGUCAGGCGUAUUAAGAAGUAGACUUCUACUAAAUCUUUUCUGUUUUAGAAAUUUAGUUCUUUUAUACUAAUAAGUUAUACAUCCCACAGAAUAAAGAUAGUAAUUAAUCUAUGUUCCCCAUUACUGAAUAAGUAGUGCUCUGUCAGCUCCUAGAAAAGAAUAUAUGUUACGGCGAAUAUGGGGUUACCUAUGUUGCUUCACAUGUAAAAGAACAACCUCUAUUAUAUUAUUAAAUACUUCUUGAUUUUCUUCAA